GUUGUAUUCGAACAAGUACAUUCAUAAGUGUUCUUUAAAUAUGUUUAUAUCUGUAUUGUGUAUUACUUCAUUAAUAACUCUUCUUGAAGCUCAUAUUUUAACAAAGAAUGAAAAAUUUGAACCAUUAUCAAAUGAAAUUAUCUCAUAUAUUAAUCAACAUCCAAAUGCUCAAUGGAAAGCUGAGAAAAGCAAACGUUUCCAUUCACUGAAUGAUGCACGUAUUUUAAUGGGUGCAAGAAAAGAAGAACCAGAAUUAAGAAAAAGAAGACGUCCUACAGUUGACCAUAAUGAUUGGAAUGUAGAAAUUCCAUCAAGUUUUGAUUCUAGGAAGAAAUGGCCUCGUUGUAAAAGUAUCUCAGCCAUUCGGGAUCAAUCAAGAUGUGGAUCAUGUUGGGCUUUCGGUGCUGUUGAAGCAAUGAGUGAUCGAACCUGUAUACAGUCACGUGGCAAACAAUCUGUGGAAUUAAGUGCAGUGGAUCUAGUGAGUUGUUGUGAAGCUUGUGGAUUUGGUUGUAAUGGUGGAUUCCUUGGUCCUGCUUGGGAUUAUUGGGUAGAGGAAGGUAUUGUUACUGGAAGUUCAAAAGAGAAUCAUACAGGCUGUCAACCAUAUCCAUUCCCAAAAUGUGAACAUCAUGCUAAAGGAAAGUAUCCAGCAUGUGGUACAAAACUCUACAAAACUCCUCGUUGUAAACAGACUUGUCAAAAAAGUUACAAAACUUCAUAUGCUCAAGAUAAACAUCGAGGUCAUUCAUCUUACAAUGUUGCUGAUAAUGAAAUGUCUAUUCAAAAAGAAAUUAUGAAAUAUGGACCAGUAGAAGCAAGUUUUACUGUUUAUGAAGAUUUUCUAAAUUAUAAAUCUGGAAUCUAUAAACAUAUUACUGGUGAUAUAGUUGGUGGACAUGCUAUACGUAUAAUUGGAUGGGGUAUAGAAAAACGAACUCCAUAUUGGUUGAUUGCUAAUUCAUGGAAUGAAGAUUGGGGUGAAAAUGGAUAUUUUAGAAUAUUACGUGGUCAUGAUGAAUGUAGUAUUGAAUCUGAAGUAACAGCUGGUCGAAUUAAUUAAUUAAUUAAUUCUAUUCAUCAUUAAUUAUUAUGACAAAAUGAUACUUAGAGUUAAUUAUGGUCAUUAUAGAUGUAUACUGAGAAACGUUCUAUAUUCAUAUUAUCUUUUCAUUCAUUUUAUAUUAUAAAUAAACUAUUGUGAAUUCUUACUAAACUCUUUACUGAAUAGAUGUAUGUGUUAUGUGUAUUAUCGUUAUAAGAUGUAUAUCCAAAUGAACAAAGUGACAAACAGUUGAAUCACUUUAGACAAACUACUUCACGGUUAUCUAUAUGCCUUCAUUGAACGAAUCCCUGUUCAUUCCAAUUACAUGUUUAUUCAAUUGAAUUCAUACAUUUAAUUCUUCAUCAAAUGUAGAAAACAUCAACUUUAAGAAUUGAAUCUUUUUUCAACCUCUAA